CCUAGAUAUUUUCCUUCUCAAUAGACAGGUUUCGUAGGACAUUUCUAUAGGGAUUUAAGAGAGACACAAGUUGAAGAAGAUAUAUAAUCAAUAUGGGGACUGGAUGCUUUUCAAAAAGUAAAUCAUAUGUGGUUCGAUCGGAUAUCAAAGAAGCGAAAAACACACCAUGGCAGAAAGUGCUUGCGAUGGUUUUGUUUCUUGUGUUUGCUGUUGCUUUUGUUGCUACCCUGACCCUUCUAUUGCAAAAUGACGAAACACCUAAUAAUGCCAAAAUACCCAGUAUGACAGAAAUCCAAACAACAUCUAAUACGUUUAUUGAACCAAAUCGUACUAUAGAAACGACUACCAAUUCAACGAAAACUACUACAGAAAUCCAAACAACACCAUUUUUAAUUUCUGGACCAAACGUAACUGUAGGUAGCAGAGGGAAGGAGUUUAUAGUCUUAUUCACGAAAAAUAUUGUAAAUUCGACAAAGAAUGUUUACGUUACUUCUGAAAACAGUGUCCAGAUGAACAUAACAACAUCCCCGUAUCUUAACGCGUCCUACAAGGACCAGAUUGACAGAACGGAGAUUAUACAGUCGAGUCAGCAUAUAAUACUUCCGAAUGAGUUGGAACUUAAAAGCUUUCGGAAAGAGAUAAAGUCAGUCUUGAUUGAAACUUCCAGUGAUGUUUUUCUAAUUAGUCACGAUGAUGGGUAUGGCACUGUCGGAAGCACGACACAUAUACCACUCCAUAAACUAUCGACCAAAUACGUAGUUAUAUCGACAGAGCCAGAAGCAACUCGGACCAGUCAGGUUGCAAUGUCAGCCAUUGAAGAUAAUUCUACAAUAUCAAUAACAUUUAAGAUGAAACGAAAUGUGCCUCUGAUAAUCGAAGGGAAAACAUUCUACCGCGGUGACGUUUUUAAUCUGUUUCUUGAUCGCUUUGAGACUUAUCAAAUUGAGCAUAGUACCGAUUUAACCGGCACAUUCAUUGAAUCAUCCGUUCCUAUUGCAGUAUUUUCAGGCAAUGAUUGUAACCAGCUUGAGAAUACAGGGGCAUGCGAUCAUCUUAUUGAACAACUACCACCGAUUACCAGUGUAGAUAAAACAUACAUAGUACCCCCGAAUUCGGAUGACAGAGACACACUCAUUCGUAUCACAGCAAUAGAAAACUCGAUAAUAUCGUAUAAGAUCGGCAGUUCUAGUCAACCGAUAACCUUGACAAAAUUCGAUUCUUUCGACACCAGAAUAUCAAGCAGCCAGACAUGUUUUAUCGAAUCGGAUGUUCCUUUGUUAGUUACAGCAUUUGGAUUAAAUUCAAGAAGUUCAACGUUGGGCGAUCCAUCUAUGACAAUCAUCCCAGGAUUGGACCAGUACAUCGAUUAUUAUAAGAUUAUCGUACCUUCUGGAUAUGAUCAUAAUUAUGUAUCUAUUAUGAUGAAGCAUUUUUCAAAAGACUCGCUACGUAUAAAUAGCACAGUUAUAAACGCGGGCGAUUUAGUUUUUGAAGAAAAUGUCUCGUAUGGUAACGUUACGUACAACGUCCGAUCAAUACGUGUUGUGGAGGGAGAACUCACGGCCUCUACGUUGAACGGAGAACGCUUCGGUUUGGUGUUUGCUGGAGUUACUUAUUACGAGGCAUACGGAUUUUCUGGCAACUCUAUGCUUCUUGAUUAAACGUGUCGAAUACAGAUUCUUAUUUCACAAAAAGUCAUUUAUCAUGUGCAGUAAGGCUUUUUUUAUUUUUUGUUUAAACCUUUUUUGUGAAUUUAUGAUAGACUAUAGAAGCGAAAUGUACAUGAUUACCAUUUAAAUCGUAUGUUACAAUAUAACAGUUUUCAAGGGACUAAAACAUUUAAUCUUCGAUCGUUUCUUUCUGUAAAUGGAUAUAACUUUGAUAAGUAAUCUAGAAGAGGAGAUUCUUAGUAUAAUGUUGUUAUUGUUUUUGUUUUUUAUCUUGUUUUUACAAUAUGCUACAAUUAUAACUAAGCUUAACUACCCAAUUCAGGAGAUCAAUGGUCUGUCCCUAAAAUGUUUUCUUCCAGAAACUUUAAAGCUGUGAAGAAUUUCUAAACACUUCCUGAACAAAUUCGUUAAAAAGAGCUUCAUUUG